AUGGCCCAGCCGGCCAAGAAUUAUAUGAGAUUGUAUGUGAAUGGAGGUGAGUUAUGUUUUGUACUUAUCUUUUAUAUUUUUGUUACUUAUCCUUUUCUUCUCUUGCCAUUAUUUCUUCACAUUCUAAAAGACAACGUGCCCUUCGUAUAACCGAUGAAAUAUUUAUCUGAUUAAGAAAACGACUUGUAAAUCUCAUUACUAUUGAAUUACUUCUGUAUUCGGUGUAAAUCACGGCCAUAUUUCAUACAAAUUUAACUUUUUUGUUGCUACUUUAUCUUAUUUAAUCGCUAAAUAUGUGAAGUUUCAAGUUAUUCCUAUUUUUAAUAAGUUUUCGGCAAUCAGGCGAACGUAAUUUUAAAGAAUGGAUAUGAAUCCAUAAUUUAUUGUGCAGUAAUCACAUGAGUAGGCGGCUGGUACGACAAGAUCGUCGACUUUUUGUGGCUUUUCUUGCUUUAAAAUGCAGAUAAAACAUGAUGCUUUAUGAUGAAUGGCCUGUAUUACUCCGAGAUGACUAAAGAGCGGCUAAAUAAGGAAGUCUAAAGGAUGGCGGACAUGUAUCCCUGUCACUUUCCAAAAGAUACAUCCAGAAUUAGAGUGAUUACAAAUAAAUUCCGGCCAUUUUUUACAGCAGACUCAUCUAUUUUUAUUGAACAUUUCCUUUGCAAAUGCCCUAUGACAUCAGGUCACAGGAAUUUGUUCCAUUAAUCUCUGCAGAAAUUACUCAAAAUCAUCUUAAUUCGACUCUAAAAUUAGAGUCUGAUAAAUGCUCGGCUCUCGAAAAAAUUCUUUUUUUGUUUUAAUUUUAUGACUUUGGGGGUGGCAAAAAAAGAUCAUACAAUUGAGGAGGGUAGAGAGAAAAAAUAAUGAUGAUUAAAGUCGAAAAAAACAAGACAAUUGUCGCGUUUCCACCUCCAGAAUCUCGUGGAUAUAGGGGGAUCAGGGUACGCGACAAGGGUUUAUGUUUUUGUUGACAUUAGCGGAUUUGAAUUUUUAAUUAAAAUGUAAGGAAUUCUUGAUUGUUUUGUUUCCAGCCGUUGUCUCUCUGAAUUAUAAAAAAAGUUUUAUCGAAUGCCAAUUGUAAUGAUGACUAUUUCCAGCGCCGACAGAUUAUCUGGGUCCCCAAAUUGGAACAGCGGAAGCCAAUUCUCUUUUGGCAUCACAGGAUGACGAAGAACUGCCCAUUGUUGUGAUCCCGUCGAGGAAUCGAAGAGAUCUCUUCCUCCCUUCGGAAGAUACGAUCAUCAGGAAACGAGCCGUCGAUCAUUUGGCCAGAUUCUCGAGGAAUCUGCCCGAGCAAGAGCAGAUGUAUCAGAUUCAGAAUGUGGGAGAUCUCCCCAUGUUUCGUUUCGGCUGAUCGCUAUGAAUUAUUGCUUAGAUCUCUCAUCCCUAAGACUGUUGGGAUACUGUAACAUGAUUUCAAAUUUCUUACAUAAUGUUACAAUAAUCGUAUAAUUUCUUACUGUAACAUAAUUUAUGAAAUUUUAAAUUUUUUUACAGUAAUCUUCUCACUCACUGUAGACUCUUAUUCUGAUCUCAAGAUUGUUAUUUUAGUCAUCUUUUAUCAGUCCAGAAUCCAACCUAACAUCUCCGCAUUUUGACAUGAUCUCUCGAUUCUAUUUAUUUUAUUGUCUCUCUUCUCAAGUUGUUUACAAAAAUACAGUCUCUGUAAAUGUUUGAUGAAUUUCAAUAAAUUCAAUUGUGCUAGUGGCGGUUGUCUAUGCACGAUGUGCACAAUGUGCAUAGACAAUAUAUCAUACCAUAUUUAUUAUGUAAAAAGGCUUGCAAAAGGAAAAGAAGGUCAUGUGAAAUGGAAAAAACACGAAUUUGCAAAUUGAAUUUGGUUAGUCAAAUUUGUGGAAAAAUUAAAAUAAAAUUAAUGUCAGAAGGUGGCUACGGCAAAAACGAAAAAUUACGAAAUGUAAAAUUCAAAAAUUGAGAUCGCAAAGAUAGCUAGAAAGCACAUAAACUACGAAUUGCGAACCUUUUGCUCUAUUUUAUGAUAUCCAACAGAUUCCUGAUAUUAAUAAUUUCAAAUUUUUAUCACCUGCAGUCCCAACUUCACCCGAAACGAAACACUUGUAAAUAUUUAAGCGAUAUCACUAAACUUAAAAUAAAUAAUGUCUCCAUGGUUAUCUAAAAAAGAGCGUUGAGGGGUUUCCCGUUCUCCAUUAGUUGCCAUUACAUCCUUAGGGUCUCUUUUGUCGCUUUUAAUCAACUAAUCGGUGGAAUUCUGAAGUCAAUUAUUCAAUUUCAACUUCUGUUCGAGGAGAGAGACAUCCGGAAGUUUUAUGAGUGUUGUUUCCCCGGGCAUUAUAUGGGAUUAGUUGAGCGACAGAAUGAGGCAAUCAUGGAGUCGGGUGUAACUUUGGGGGAGAUGGGCCUUUACUUGCAAAACUCUUCUUUUGGUGACCUGAAUUUUUUUAAACAAGUUGCCUAUGUAAAUUUGAAGAUCUUUUUUUAAGAAUUGACUAUUGCCGCUGUAACAAACGAGGCGCCUGAAGAUCUGUUUUUCAAAUCAUUUUGUUUGUGCGCUGUCUACAUAACUCACACAUUCUUUGAAAUGCUUCUACUCAGGCACAGAUCAGACAAUAAACGAUCUCCGCGUACACGAGAAUGCAUACAAAGAAUUGGGUAAGGAGUGAAAAAAAAUUUAUUUUUUGAUUUUAGGCCAUUUUUCGAAUUUACAAAUGUAAACUCUGACCUCUUUUGAGUCAUCAAGUUUAUGACUACUAAGAUGUUUGUGGUAGGUCGUAGUUACACUCAUAUAAAACGUAGACUAUUCUAAUCCAAGCUAAAAUCGACUUUGAUGACAAACCAAGCGUCGCAAUUCGACCUCUUCCUGUGUUAAUUUCGCUUCUUCCCAUUAACCUUGCCAAACCCGCAAAUUCUUUAUUUUCGCACUUUCCGAUCCCGACCCGAGAUAAACGACUUUUCGAUUUCUCCUCAAACUUUGCCAUUGUCCUGCCAACUGACAAUGACUAUGCCCUCAGGGUCAGUUCUGACGUUUGAUAGAAUUUUUGUGCAAAACAAAAGGAAUUGCUGCCAAAUAAAAAGAGAAAUAAAUCUCUAUUAAUUGUAAUUUACAUGUUUUUGCAUACUGUAUUAUACAUACUUUGCAUUCGUUCAUUUGCUCUGCGGUCAAAAUAAAGGCUUGUAGAGUUCAGUUUUUAAUCCUCGACCAGCAGCUCUUUUUUUAUUGUAUUUUCUUAUCGUCCCCCAAUAAACCAUAUGUAUUUUUCCUAAGGAUGGCGAUGUCUUUUGCUUCAGAAUUCGCCCAUUUAAAGCCUCGAAGGCCGAAAAACGGCUUAUCGGUGGCCUAUCACAUCAAUUAUUAACGCACUCCCGGUUCAGCCACACAUUUCCUCUCUUUUCUGGCCAAGACAUUUGUAUUUCGAUUAUUUUAUCCUUGGAAUUAUCCCUUUUGGACACAAAGAACUUGGCCAAAAUGAGAUUUGGAGUUGAGUUUGUUAGAGGACGAGCGAUGAAAGGGAGUUGACUUGGACACUUACUUUCAGAUUUAUUAUAAUUUAGUCGUUCUUUGGCCGAGCUUUUUGAUUUAAAUUUGGAUUUUAGGUCCGGUGGCCAUUGUUUAUUUGUAAAUCAAAUGAAAACUGUUCAAGUGUCCUCUGCGAAGACUGUUUUGAUUCAUUUGUUUGAACAAUAUUAACGGAGUUGAGCGGGUUCUCACUUUUACACGCAAAAUUUAAAUACUCAUCUCUCUUUGACUUUGCAAAACGUAUAAGAAGUUGUAAUACAAGGUCUUCAAAUAAUUUUCCCUACAAAGCCGGCGAUUUUCUCACGUCCAUUUGUUCGUUGUUAGGUAACUAAUUCAAACUAAAUUAGGGGAAGUGCGGCAAGUGUCCUUGAGAGUGCCUAUCAUUUGCUUUUUUGGUAAAUUAUUUUUUUUUGCUUUUGUGUGGAAAUCGCUAAAUCUGAAAAAUAGGAUUUUACACUCGAAAAGAGAGAGGCGAUGGAGUGGAUCGCGCUGAAAAGUUUAAUGUGUAUUUGACUGUUCAUGACCGAGGCUUAUAUCACGUGCUGUGUAUGAAUAUUUCUUUAAAUAUUUGAGCCACAGGCAAUAAAAUUUAUCUUUCAGAUCUCACCAUGGCCUUUGGAAUGCAGGAAUGCAUCUGGCUGGUGCUCUCAUUUAUUUUACCUGUAAGUUUUUGUAGGCCAAAAUCUUCUAAUUUUAAUCAAUUUUUAGCCCCUUGCAAUUUUCCUGAGGCAUGAUGAUUGCAAUGUUCAUGUGGCCAUCAGUGUAAUUCUAAUAUUUUUCUUUUGGUGAGCCCGUUGCAACCUUUUUUACAUACAAAAAAGUUCAUAAGUCUUUAAAAAUAUUAUUUUUUUUCAGGUUCCCGGGAGUGUUCCACGCCUUAUGGUACUGCUUUUGUCGAUGA